AUGGAGCCUGCUGGUCUUGCGUUAGGGCUGUGGGAGAGGUCUGUUGGUAGGUUAGAGGCCACCAGGACCAAGAAUGUUUCCAGCGACUCGGUAGACGAGGCCGUGAAUGACACCGAUCCGCGUAGAUGGGGCCGUCUGCGUCCUGUAAACAAAUUUAAGUGGCCCGGGAUAGUCUUCACAGAUCGUAAUGUAGACUUCCCAAAGUCUAAGCCUCAUGGGUAUAUUGUUGGCUGUGAUUCUGAAUGCGAGCUCAAAGACGGGGACGAGAUUACAUUCGUCCAACCACAACAAUGGGAUGGGUCACGGAAGACGGAAACACUGCAGCAUCAGCAGACGAAGAAGAAAGCGCAGCAAGAUUCGAUGAUGCAUCAAUGGCAGAGGAUGCAGUAUGGCAGCGUGGGAAGCGACAAGGGGCGUGGGGAAUCCAUGCUUGAGCUCGCACAACACCUUGAUGAUCGAGGCAACUUUCGAGCUGGAGGCCAUGGUGGCCAUCGCCAGAAUGGCCGCAGCAGCUUCAAGCCGUCAAAGAAUUUCAACUAUGAUUCGAGUCAGAAAGACAACCUCGAGCGCAGUCAAAGACUAUUCGUGGAUUUGAUUGACAGCAUGCUGGUUGUAGACCCGGAGAGGAGAUUCACCAUUGAGCAGUGUCUUUCUCACCCCUGGCUUACACUACUGGAUCCUGGAGAACAGUCGUUUGAAGAACAAGCCUCAGCUCAUGAACCAAUAAGUCUCACUUCUGUCAAGGAUACACCUUCACUUCCAAAAAUAGGACCCUCGGUGCCUGAGACCGAAGAAAAGAAGAAACUACACAUGCACGAGCUAGAUGGUCUGCUCCCACCGGCGGAGCAGGACAACAAUGGCCUCCCUCAGCGACAGAAGCCCGUCACAGAGGCACUCCAAGAGAGCCAAGAUUCGUCCGCCGCACAACCGGCUCAUGUGGACGAGCAUCUCAGAGGAAAGUCGCCAAUGACAGCCCACACGGAUCGGAUGAUGUCUUUGGAGUACGACUCAUUCACUGAGCUGGUGAGCAGUGCCGUCAAAAAUAUGAUACCGCCCGAGGUACUCUCCACUCAAAUCCCUGAGGACCUACAUAUCGAUAUGGAGUUUCAUGACAAGGGCCACAACUUGAGUACGUGGACAUGUACGCCAUCGGCUCAAGUCACCCCGGAUCAAGUUCCCCUUCGUGUAGACGGCCAUCCCGUGGUGUUGCCCGUCGAGUAUGUGUACCCCCUCACCGGGAUGUUCUCUCCGCCUCCUGAUCCGCAUCCACGCUUCAUUUCACCCUCGGCUACCCUGUCAGAUGAGGAUAUCCAUCAAAUCAUCUCUACUUUUCCAGCUUGCGUUGGAUUCUACCUCCUGGUCAAUGGGUUUCUCCAGAUCAUAAUGCCGGAUGGUUUCGAUUAUGAGGAAGGGGUACCCAGCUUGCCGAGUGAAUUUGGAGGACUGAAGGUGUCCCUUAUCCCAGAAGCAGUCUUCCCAACAGCUGGAGAGGCUUCCAAAUCCAUCCCAACCGCCACAACAACAUCGAAAAGGACUGCCCUUGAGCGUAUAUUUGGCCCAAGUUCCUCGCAGCACAGCACAGUGGCUGGUCCCGUGAGGACAACCGGUUCCUCAAGUAAUCAACCGGCCAAUGUAAUCGGGGUCUCGGUGGGCUGUACCAUACGAGCCAUCGUGCCCGGCAGUAAAUCAAAACAAAGAUUCGAGGGCAAGACCGGCGUUGCAAUCAGCCCGCGCAAUGACCUCUCGAAGAAGUAUAUCACCAUCCCCACUCAUCUCUUGACAGAUUCAGUGAUUGCGUCGAAGACGACGAGCUUAGAAUCGAACACCUGGAGGGAAAAUGUCAAGGUGUGCAUUGCUAGCAACUCGGCAGAGUUAGGAAAAGUGACAGCCGUGUUUGAUGACGAGCCCAAGUCCUUCCCAGUCGGAUUCUCCCACGACGUCAGCCUUGUUGACAUCAGCGGUGUUUCUGAUACUCCACGGGCGACCCCAUAUGCGACAGAUCUCACGUGGCUCAGCCAGCAGGAAUGGAUGGACAUUAAGUACAACUCGAGCAAUCUUGUGCUAUUAGACGACCGUUCCCGAGAAACAAAGAGCAUCGGAAUCGUGGACAGUCGUUGCCAGGUUCGUGAUGAGGUCCUUCCUUUCCCACCGCGUUCUUUGGGGCACACGCCGAGUGGGAUGCCAGUGCCAUUCUCAGCUCAUUGA